AUGAUUAAUAACACAAUAAUGGGUUUUUCUUCAUCAUUAUCAACUAUUAUUGAAAAUACAACAGAAAUAUCUAUAACCGAUUCAAUAUUAUUAACACAUAUACAAAAAGAACUUAAUGAUUCUAAUCAAAUUUCAUCUAUACGUUAUAUUGAAUCAUCAUCAAUGGAAGAUCAAUAUAUAAGUGAAACAAAAUUAACAUUAUCUGAUACUGAUAUAACAGAUGAUAUAUUUUUUCUUGAAUGGGAUAAAGAACGAAAUUUAUUUCAAGAUUAUAUUAAUUCAUUACGCAAAGAAAUACAAACUGAUACAAAAUCUCAAAUUUGUAUUAUCAAUGAAUUAAAAGAAAACGUAGCUGAUUUAAAUGUUGAUUUACAAAAUCAUAUACUUAUGAAACGACGUUUAGAAAUGUCAAUUAAUAAUAUAGAAAAUAAUUCUCAACUUCUUGAUACGGAACGUAUUAAAUUAACAAAUGAUCUUAAAGAAAAUCAACAUAAUAGGUUCAACAAUUGA